UUCCAGUUUGACACUUUUAGUCCCCCCCCCCACCUUAUUAGUAAUGAUGUUCGGUUACAUGCAGGGUUCUACUGCACUGAUUCAAACAAGGAUUGUGCUGCUUUUCAGAUCGUCUCUGACAACGUGAUCCAACAUUCAUCUGCCUCAGCAGCUUCUGUUGGGAAACAGUUGUCACGCUACUCCUAACAUCAUCCCACCAACAUGAGUGGUGAAAGGGAGAGACCUAGGCCCGAAGGGAGCCAGAGCCGUGGAGCCAUACAGGCCCCCAAUGUCAAACCCAAACUCAGUCAAAAAGAGACAAACUGCAAAGCAGACUACUGGAACAAAGAAAAGCCUGUGAAAGUGAGGAGAUCAAGGAGCACUGACUCAGAGAAGGUGGAAAGAGGGAGAAGGAGAGAACGAGACCAAUACUCAAGAGAGAAGAGGCAGCGUGGGAGGAGUGAGGAGGCCCGGAGACGCCACAAAAGAGAGGGAGAGUGCCACUGGAAGAACACAAAUGCCCCUGAAGAUGAUGUGGAGGAAACUGAAUGUGCUGUGUGCUUCUGUUCAUAUGAUAACGUCUUCAAGACCCCAAAGCUACUGGCAUGUGGGCACACCUUCUGUCUGGAGUGCCUUGCUCGCAUCAACGUGUCCUCUCCUGAGCUCAAAACCCUGUCCUGCCCUGUGUGUCGCGACUUGACCGAGCUCCCCCACGGCCAGGACCUGCCCCGCCUGGGCAACAAUGAGGACAUCAUAGGCAAACUCCCAAAAGAUAUGCAGAGGGCACUGUCUAUCCGCUUCCACCGCAGCAAGGGCAAACUGCUCCUGAAGAACCCUCCUCCCGGCAGCCAAACUAAGCUCAAGGCCCUUACCCUGCCUAAAAAGAGUCAUGGCAGCCAGGUGCCAGCAAGCGGUGACCUCCACUCAGGUGCAGUGGAGCAGGAAAUAGCCACAACCACUGUGAUCAAUGUAGGCAGGCCUCCCAGCAGGAUGAGAGGCCGUUUGCGCAGUCUCUUCCGCUCGGACCGGUGCUAUUACGCUGUAGUGGCAUCCAUCAUCUCCAUCACUGUGGUGCUCCUGUUGGUGGUGAUUCUGGCCUUUGUGAUCAUGCCAAGUGUGAUGAUUUACAAGAAGCCUGUAAACCAAAUGCCACAUAGCCCCUCAGGGAGUGAAGACUCAGGGGGGCACUGAAGGAGCAGGGAGGGACGAAAAUGGAGGGAAAGAAUAUCACACAAAAACUUGUCAUUCUCAGUGAUCCUUAUGGCAUCUUUUUUCCUCCUGGGAGUGGGGGUGAUGGCAAAACUAAGCACUGGUUUGCAUUUAGUGGCAGCAAAGAGAAAUGAAGGAAAACAAGGACAGCAACAUUUUUUUAAACAAAGGACGAGCUGGCCUAAAGUUGCACACGAAGAUUCUUGGCACAGUCGGAUGUUAUUAUUAUAUUUUUAACCUGUGUUUUUCUUUGAACAAGCUUGUAAUUACUGUGAAAGCCAGAAAUAUGUGUAACAAAAAAUAACCAUAAAUAUGCUGUAAAUGCUGAAUUGCACUAAACCCUGUGAUAAGAAAGUCAUCCCUAUCAUUUGAUUGCAUCAGGUUGAUCUCAGUAACCAGGUUCUUACAAGUUUUGAAUAUAUAUAUUUUCUCUUUCCCCUCAUAAGACUGGGCUUUAUUCUUCAUUGUAUCAUCAAAUAAAAUUAUUAUGACACUAAAAACACAUUGUUCGAUAUUUCCAAAACACAUGACAAUUUUAUUUACAUAAGUUGUUUUCAAGCAAAUCUGGAAUUUUAAACUAUUUCAAAUGAAACAGCGGUCACUGUUUUAUGAUUUAUUAAUAUAGCCCUACUGAAUUCCACUUUAUUUUCCUUACUUUCACUUCCUCUAUAGUCAAAAUAGACAUAUUGUCUUUCACAGAGCAGUUAACAAAAUGACUUGAGUUCCAGCUUUGUCCCCAUUUGUGUUUCUCUGCUUGGAGGCUGUCGAACCAGUUUGACAACAUUAGUGUUUUUACCUUCCUGGCAUUUUUUCGGACACAGUGGCACACUGUUAAAGAACACGGCCGCAAACUAUAA